CAGCGCUGUGUUGCUAUGUUGCUAGCGGAACAGAAGCCAUUACAUGUUCAAGCAUGGUUCGAAAGGGAAGUGAACUUCAUCUUUAGAUUUGGAGUAAUGAAUUUGUCAUCCUUAUAAGCGCCAUGGGAAAGAAGUGUAUUUGUCAGAUAUGCAGCUGUGGAAAGCAUAGAUGUCCACAUCUGCCAUCAGAUCAGUCAAGAGUUAUAAAUAAGACAAAAACUGAAAACUGCAAAGUUACAGAGUAUGGAGACACAUUUAAAAGAGGCAGCACAAAACGAGGCCCAUUUUACAAACCAAAAGAUCUUUUGCAGUCACAGGGGGAACUGGAAUUCAAUACUGUAAGCAAAGAUGAUUUUAUUACCCAUGAAAUGCCAGAAAGGGCUGUUAAAGAGCCUGAAAGGUACAAACCUCUCAGUGGGAAAAUUGAAUUUGAUUCAGAAUAUCAUUCCAAUUACUUGGGGGAAAUUGCAGCCCCUGCAAAAAUGCCAGCAUUCCUGAAGACUGUGACACAAAGACUUCCUUCGGGUAAAAUUGAAAGCAAGACAACAAAUAGGAAUGACUUUAGGUUUCAUACUGAGCAAACAAGAUGCCUUCCAGUAUCCAGAGGAAAUAAGUAUGUUCCACCAAAUAGUCCAUUUAUGCACACAAGUGUUCAUAGGUCAGAUUUCAUCAGGUUUAAUGAGCCAAAGAGGUCAACUGGAAGGCAGCCAGAUAAAAUAAAUGCAAGAGAGCUUCCUAUGGAAUUUGAAACAUCACAUAAGACAGAUUUUAAGAAGCAUAGUCUCAAAAGAAAUGAGCUUGUGAGACGAAGUGAUGAAUAUAAGCAACCAUCUGGCCCUUUUGCUGGAAAUUCUUUGAUGCAUACAGAUUACAAAAAGCAUGAUGAUGCUUCAAAAGCACAAAUAAUGAAACCUUUGGCAACUGUUUUCAAAACAAAUGAGAAGAUGGAGCGCACAACAACCAACUUGGAAGACUUUCGAACAUGGCCAGUUGCUCCUCUAAAAACAAAGGCCAAAGAAGCAUUUCAACAACCUACUGGUGAAAUGUAUCUUAAAUCAACAUCUAUGGAUUACAAAUAUUUUGGGCAUGAGGCAAAGCCAGCUAAAAGUGCAAGGCCGAAGACAAAACUGAGAACUGGUAGGGAUGGAUUAUUUGAAGGAAUGAGCAACUAUGCAGCUGAUUUCAAGCAAUGGGGAUCCCUUCCAGCUUUACCUGUAAAGAUGCAAGAUGAACUGGUGUCAUUGUCCCCAAGAAAAGGCAGGUUUGAUGCAAACUCAGAGCACCAUGAAUCAUUCAAAAGAUUCAACACAGCCCCAGCUAGGAUAUUCAAACCAGUCGCAACAGUUUUCAAAACUGAUGAAUCAAUGAAUGGUAAAACAAUGUAUAUGACAGAUUUCCAUGGAAGACCUCCACCACCAUGCUUGAGUGACAAGUUACUAAAAGGAAAAUUAGUUGGUGUCCAACUCCAGGAAGAUUUGGACACAGGUCAUAGAUAUGUGAUAGGGCCAAUACCCAAUAACUCUGUGACUGAGAAUAAUUUUGAACAGAAUGGAAACCAUGCUAGUACCAAUUUGUCAUCUAUAACUGAACAUAAAUCAGAAGGAAUUACAGCUGAUGAUCAUUUCAAUUCAAUGAUUGUAGUGUCAUAAUGACUUAUUAUUUUCUUUAAAACUUUAAGAUGGGGUAAAAGUUAAGAUUUUAUCAUUUAACAACAUUUAACAGGAGGUAAAGAGUAACUAGUGUAAUUAGGAUGAGAAUAAGGGUGCAAAAACAAUUGAUACUUGUUAUUGUACAAUACCUAAUUCGUUUUGAUAAUAAUUAUAAUUUCAUUUAAGUUUGGAGAAAGUCUUUACAAGUUAUUUUCUUAUCUCAAAUUAUCCCCUACUUUGAAUAUGUAAAUAUAUUUAUAUUGUAAUUUCUCUACAAUAUUUACCCAGCCCUUCUUAUAAGCCAUUUUUCUUCACCAAACUGUUUUCUCUUGAGUGCUUUCUUCAGAUAACAGCAAAUGCUGCAACUUUGUUUGCUGAGUUUAUUCAACAAUGGCAAAACAUGGAACCAAGUGUUUGAGAAACUCAUUAAGCUGUCAUAUUCAGCCAAACAUUUGUGUUGUAAUGUGAUUGCAGUUUUUCUUGCCUGCAGACUAUUUGUGUGUCUGUCCAUUUUUAUGAUAAGUAUGGCCUUUGCAUAAUAUUAAACGUACUCUAUUUUUCCAAAUUUUUAUAUUCACAUAGUUUGCUCAAGAACAGAAAAGAAUUUAUCAACAUGCAAAUACGGUAUAGGGUAGGCAGAGUUGCACACGCUAUUUGGCGUAUAGAGCAGAACAGUUCUAAGUUGCUACUCUGAGUUUCACGGUUAAUGAGAUCAUCAGGCAACACAUAUAUUUCUAAAAGCAUCUAUGAAACAAACUUUAAAACCAACUUUGCUUGCCUGAAAGUUUCUUUACCGGACACGUGCGAGAAUCAGUCUUCGAAUUUCCUUCUGGGCUUUAUAAAUUGACCGUGCUUUCAACAAUUUCUAAGCAACUAUAAGGCUAGAAAUUUAUUCAUACUAUCGAUUAAAGAAUGUUGUUUUUACCUGAAUAAUUUCAUUACCUGAAUAAGCUCGAUUGAAAGAUUCAUUGAUUCUUGAAAAAUUCAAAAUACUUUAGUUUGUCUUCGUCAGCAUUUCUAUGGCGCCAAAACUUCACCUCGAGAUCCUCAGUCUCGUUUUGAAAGUCGAAAAACAGCAUAAAUCUCUUGGACAUAACUUUUGGUUGAAAAUCGUGAACAUCGAUUCUAGAACGAGAACCAGUGGUAUUCUUCGUUGCUGCUUUUCUUCUGCCCCGUCAUAUUUAUAAUCUUGUCUUACUCAUACAUUCCACUACUACAUACUAAAAUCUUACAUAAACCUACCGUACAAAUAACUAAAAAAAUGAAAUCACUCAGAUAUUUAACAUUCUCAAAAUACAGAAAAUAUUAGAAAAAACUACCUAUGGAACAAUGAUAUACUCUUUUAAAACAAGUUUUUAUAAUUUUUUUGUGUUUUGUAGAAUACAUUCAUUCAAAGGCAUGUCCACAUUUACCUUAGGCUUCACAAAGAUUAGGCUCUAUAGAUUUUUCUCUGCCUCUCAUCUUUCAACAUCUACAAACCUAAUCAGCCACUAUUUCCCUGUCAACCAUACCACAUUCAAGACUUGAUUUUUGCGAGAACCGUUAAAUGUUUCAGCAACUUCCCUUUCAAUAUUCCUACUUCCUCUGCGCAUUAUCAUAGGCCUUAACAACAAAGAAUCGCUUGAUUAAUGUUGGUUUUCUUUGUCUCAAUGUUUAAUACCCCAAAUAAGCAACGGAAAGUUCUACCCAUGGUGUUCAUAUUGGGCGUUAUCACACUAAUUUAACAAAGCGUUAACUUUUUCAUGGUUGUGAACUUUAAGAAAUAACGGAAAGCGUAAGCACGUGUUUAAAUAAAGCUUACCUUCCGCCUGUGUAAGUUUGUGAAGACAUUUCACAACAGACUAGUUUGAAUGGACGACCAAGAUCUUUGAUGGUACGGGCUAUUCCAGAGGCCAAGCUAAAGGGGAAUAGGGUUAUGUCUACCACACUUUUCAGUAUGUCGUUUUGUUAAUAGUGAAUAGUUGAUAGCCAGUUCUAUUCUAGAUCCCCUACUUUAGGUUUCAAGGCAUGAUCCCGGUUCUCUGUGAAUAUAUGAGGGGCUGAGGGCUGCUGCAACCUCAUCCAUGCACCAAAAAAUGUAAUUAAAGGUCCUGGUUCUUUGGCUGAAAUCAAAGCUAACCUAUUAUGAUUUUAUUGCCCUAUUAUCAUUAAAGUGUAAUACUAGACGUUAUAUCGAUGCAGCCACUUCUGAGAUAUCUGCAAAAGGUUCAAUUCGUUUUUUUCUUACUGCUAUAGUCAGAAAUAAAACAUAAGUAAAAGAAAAUUGAGAGAAAAACGCUAACUGAAAGUAAAAAAAAGUGAGGUCCUACUUGCCCACUGGCAUUUCCUAAGCUAUUUUGCUAACUUACUUGUCCAGGUUUUGCUUUAAGACAUAUAGUUCUAAUAACGUUACCUUACAUAAUUAUUUACUCUAUGGUAUGUUUAUUUCUCAUCCACUGAGUUGGUCCUAAAAGCUGUUACUGUCACAUGAAAAAGAAACCAAAUCUACGUCAUACCAUUAGCAAAAUAUGCCUUACGUCUUACCAAUAUAUUUCUAAAUUGUUUACUCUUGAGAACGGGCCAUAAUUUUUUCAAAAUAUUUUCACUCGUGAUUUCUAUACAUAUGCUUGUUAUUAUGUCAAAAUUGAAAAUAUCUUCUGUUUUAUUCAGCAGUAAACAUGUUUUCGUUACUAGAAAAGAAGCUAACUGCUUUUAACUAAAAUACAUCGUUUGGAACAAAGAGAUGUUCUUUUGCAGGUCAAUAAAUUGUCAUUUAGAAGCAGAGGACUAUCUUCUGUUAUGAAAGGUCUUAGCCAAAUAAUGAUGAUCUGUAUCACAAGUCAAUCUAACAGUUAAAAUGUUGACUUGGUAAUGCCAAGGAGUAUCUGUUAGAUGAACAUACAAAGUGAAACAGAUAUUUGUGCUCCAAGGGGCCUCCCUGAAAUAAACGUUUGCAGUCAAAUUUUUGACAUAUGUCCCUUUUUCUACUUUUGUAGUGGUUGAUUUAUAAAGUGUUUGAAGUUUGCUCUCCAGUUAUAGCUUUCGAAAGUUGGAGAGCAGAGCGGCUUUAGCUUUUAGAAAAAUUUCUCUGCAGUGCUUUUAUCUUGAAACAAGGAUUAAAAGGAAAUAACAGAGCAUUCAAAGAGAAAUACCCGGCAUUUCAAAGUGAACAACAAGUCUCUUCCAGAUUGGGAUUGUUUUUACGUGUUUGCAGAUGUCCUUUGGUAUUAAAAAACAUUUUUUCUGAGAAAGCCUUAUCAAUUUAUAGGAGAAAGCCUUCAAGAGAAAUGUGUUACACAAUUAUACCCAUUAAAUUUAGGGUUCCUUGUUAUUCUGAACUGUAUUGUAGCUUUUCAAAUGUUCAGUUUGGAUUGGAACAAAUUUAUUUCACUGAGAAAGGACAAAAAUUCUUAAGCAGCUUAGUGAGUAUAAUACAUAAUUCUAAAAUUCAACAAACAUUUAGUUCGUUAGUCAGUGGCUUAUUUAUAUAUUUUAUUCACAUCUUCAAUCGUAUGCUUCUAUGGGCUUUAGUCAAUGCCAGAGUCAAGAAAGGCUACUACCUUCCCCUGGACAAUACCCUAAAGGUGUGUAAAACCUUCCUCGGGACAACAAUGAAGAUUCGGUUGUGGCGCUUUAGUUUUUACGGCAAUCCUCACGGACAUUCAUGUUUUCUAGGCCCUGGUGAAUGCUGUUGUGAUUGUCAAGUAAUUGUUGCAGAUUCUAUAGAAUCAAUUGCCUAAACAAAGUCAGUAGUAACUGUUCAUAGUUGUUUAUAUCAAACAAAUAUAUAUAAUUUUCACUUUAAAUAGGACCACCCAAAAUAAGCUACUCCCACGUGUUGUUUUGGCCUGACAUUCACAUAAUAAUUUUUUGGUUUUAUUCCAUAUCAAUUGCAAAAAACAACAACUAAUCCAGCUAAGCACUUCAGGACCAUAUUACAUCUUGACCAUAAUCAUAGAAAUUCAAAGCCUUUAGUAGAUGCACUUAUUUUUUUUAUAAGAAACAUUGCUACAUAAACUGUGCUGUAGGAUUUGAGCACUGCUUAUAGAGUCACAUAGUUCGAUUAAAAAGUCUGCAUCAUGCCUUUUUUGUAGAAUGAGUAUUUUUGUGAUUGAACUUUUGGAAUAUUCUUUUGUGAUUAUCCGUUAUGAAAAUACAAUAUAAUCUCAAUUAAUCGAGCGCUCAAUCGCUCAAAUCCCUGAUAACUUUUACUGUUUACUUUCCCAAUCCUCCUUGGG